AUGAUCAGCUUCGGCCGGCGCAGGAUUCUCGCCGCCCUGCUCGCCGCCUUCGUCGUGCUGACCGUCUGGCGAGCGCGGCAGCUCAGCGCGCCCAGCGGCGGCCCAGCCCCGGCAGAGCCCGUGACGGAAACCCCCAAGUACGCGCCGGAGGAGGACUACUUCUGGAGGACCAUCGAGCACAACUUCCCCGUUGACCCGAGUCGAAUGCGGCCCCUGCCGACCUCUGCCGCGGCGACCUUGCCGCCAGUCCAGGCCAGGUUCCCGCCGGAAUCCGCAGAGCAGAGGGCGGUCCGUCUGGGCCGACGAGACGACGUCAAAGAGUCCUUCGUCAAGUCGUGGAACGCCUACAAGAAACACGCCUGGCUUCACGACGAGGUCGCCCCCGUGUCGGGCAGUUCCAAGGACCCCUUUGGCGGAUGGGGCGCCACGCUCAUCGACGCCCUCGACACCCUCUGGAUCAUGGGGCUCAAGGACGAGUUCGAGUACGCGGCGUACGACGUCGAGAAGAAGGCCCUCUUCCUCUCCACCGCGUCCAGCGAGAUCAACGUGUUCGAGACGACGAUCCGCUUCCUGGGCGGCCUGCUGUCGGCCUACGACCUGAGCGGCGACCGGCGGCUGCUCGCCAAGGCGCACAACGUCGGCGACAUGCUCUACAAGGCCUUUGACACGCCCAACCACCUGCCCGUCGCGCGCUGGGACCUGCACGACGCCGCGCGCGGCAGCAAGCAAGAGGCCCAGGCUUCCUCGCUGCUGGCCGAGAUCGGCUCGCUCGCCAUGGAGUUCACGCGCCUCAGCCUCCUCACCGAGGACCCCAAGUACUACGACGCCGUCCAGCACAUCAGCGAGCUGCUCGCCGCGUCCCAGGCCGAGACCAAGCUGCCGGGCAUGUGGCCCGUCGUCGUCGACGCCCGGCGCGGCCACUUUGACGCGGGGAGCACCUACACCCUCGGCGGCAUGGCGGACAGCGCCUACGAAUACCUCCCCAAGAUGAUGGCCCUGCUCGGCCAGCAGGACGGCAUCUACCGCGACAUGUACACGCGGAGCAUGGAGGCCGCCGACGAGCACCUCUUCUACCGCCCCAUGACGCCCACCGGCGAGGACAUCCUCUUCCCGGGCUUCGUCGACGUCGACGCCGACGACCCGUCGCGCAAGAGGACGCUCCGCCCCGCCUCGGGCCACCUCACCUGCUUCACGGGCGGCAUGCUCGCCCUCGGCGCGAGGCUCACCUCCCGCGGCGACCACCUCUCGUGGGCGGACAAGCUCACCAACGGCUGCGUGUGGGCGUACGGGUCCUUCGCGACGGGCGUCAUGCCCGAGACCUUUUACCUCACCCCCUGCGCCGGCAGGGACGCCUGCCCCUGGGACGCGACCAAGUGGCUGGCCGACGUGGCCAGCGCCCACGGCUCCGGGGACAAGGAGGCGCAGGCCAUCGUCGCAAAGGAGCGCCUCCCCCAAGGCUUCUCCAGGAUCAUGGACGCGCGGUACAUCCUGCGCCCCGAGGCCAUCGAGAGCGUCUUCAUCAUGUACCGCGUCACCGGCGACAGGGCCUGGCAGGACAAGGCCUGGGACAUGUGGAAGGCAAUCGACAACCUGACGUCGACGAAGCUGGCCAACAGCGCCGUGCGCAGCAUGAACCCCCCCGAGGGUGAGGAGGUGGAAAUGGCCGACUCCAUGGAGAGUUUCUGGCUCGGCGAGACCCUCAAGUACUUCUACCUGAUAUUUUCGGAGCCCGAGCUGAUCAGCCUGGACGAGUGGGUGUUCAACACCGAGGCCCAUCCGUUCAAGAGGUUGCGGUAG